AUGAUUUUUGAGCCUAGGUACCGCGUGCUGUUCAAUACCCUGAUGGACGGCAUGCCCGAUAUAGAGGAGGGCCUGGUCCAGAAAGAGUCGCCCUACGCCGGCACGAAGCAGUUUGGCAUGUGCUACGUAGACGGCAACAGCGGCAAGAUGGCCACGGUGGGCACGCUGCUGCAGAUCCAGGCGCACUCUUUCGAGGCGGACGGCCGCAUUCUCGUAGUCAACAAGGGCAGCGAGCGCUUCAGGGUCACCAAGGUGGUGAAGGAGCGGCCGGUGUUGAUUUGUGAGGUGGAGGUGCUGCCCGAGGAGGAGGACAGCAGCCAGGAGGCCAAGGCCCUGGCCGAGCAGGUGGCGGACCUCUUCAGGAACGUGUUGCGCCUCUUCAGGAAGGUCAAGCGCCGCCAGCAGCAGCAGCAGCAAGGCAGCUCAGCAGCCGCGGCCGCCGCAGCCGCGGCCGGGGUCGCUGACGCGGAGGACGACGACAGCUUGGAAGAGCUGUCUGAGCUGGCGGAGCUGACGGACAAGCCCACGCAGCUGUCCUACUGGAUCGCGUCUGUUCUGGGGGAGCACCGCCUCACGCAGCAGGUGUUGUUGGAGGAGGACUCCACCCUGGGGCGCCUGCAGAAGGAGGCGGAGGUCCUGGGGGAGACGAUGCGCUUCUACAGCGCGGCCACGGCGCUGGAGAGCGUCUUCAGCAGCGGCGGGGAGGGCGGCGCGCAGCCGCCGGCCGGCGGGCCGGACUGA